GGUGUCUGAUGUGAGGAAGGCUGAAGUGAAAACAACUGUGGCUCAGGGUGGGACUCUGAAGGCCGACGGCUUCUCAUUUCCUCACAAGAGGAAUUCCCUUAAUUAAUUAUUUCAAGAUCCCUGGCCACAUGUACCUCUAAAAGUAAUCUUUCGAUAAAAGGUGGAUAUUCGUGGAAAGCUGGGUGAAGUUACAGCAGAAAUCAGUGUGAAAACCGAGUAAAAAGCAGACAUGGACGAAAAGGCGUUUUCGAAAGAGCUCGAUCAAUGGAUUGAACAGCUCAAUGAAUGCAAACAGCUCUCAGAAAACCAAGUCAAGAGCCUCUGUGAGAAGGCUAAAGAAAUCCUGACCAAGGAGUCUAAUGUGCAGGAAGUGAGAUGUCCGGUCACCGUGUGUGGAGAUGUACACGGCCAGUUUCAUGAUCUCAUGGAGCUCUUCAGAAUCGGAGGAAAGUCACCCGACACAAACUACUUGUUCAUGGGAGAUUACGUCGACCGAGGCUAUUACUCUGUGGAAACAGUCACACUGCUCGUCGCUCUCAAGGUAAGGUACCGUGAACGCAUUACAAUACUUCGAGGGAACCACGAAAGCAGACAGAUCACACAAGUGUACGGCUUUUAUGACGAAUGCUUACGGAAAUACGGCAAUGCAAACGUUUGGAAAUACUUCACAGACCUCUUCGAUUACCUUCCCCUAACUGCCUUGGUAGAUGGUCAGAUCUUCUGUCUUCAUGGAGGAUUGUCACCGUCCAUAGACACUCUCGAUCACAUCAGAGCGCUGGAUCGUUUACAGGAAGUUCCUCAUGAGGGACCCAUGUGUGAUUUAUUGUGGUCUGACCCAGAUGACCGUGGAGGUUGGGGUAUUUCUCCUAGAGGUGCAGGCUACACCUUUGGGCAGGACAUAUCUGAGACGUUCAACCACGCUAACGGCCUUACGCUGGUCUCUAGAGCUCACCAGCUAGUGAUGGAGGGUUACAACUGGUGCCAUGAUCGCAAUGUGGUAACCAUUUUCAGCGCACCCAACUACUGCUACCGCUGUGGGAAUCAGGCAGCCAUCAUGGAGCUCGACGACACCCUCAAGUACUCCUUCCUGCAGUUCGACCCGGCGCCGCGCAGAGGAGAGCCGCAUGUCACCCGCCGUACCCCCGACUACUUCCUGUGAAUCCUUCAGCUCUGCACAGUAUUGCCAUGAUAUUAUAAUCCUCAUUCAGUUUAAAGUAAGGGGGGAGGAAUGGGCAACAGUAUAGAAAAGAGAAAACCGAUCCAGUGAGAAAUGUCUGUGGACCAAAAGGUGUGUGCCAUAUCCAAACCGAUCCGACACCACGAGCACCAGAUAUUCCCGUCUGCUCCUGCUUCUGUCCUCUGCUCUUUAGAUCAACGCCGGCUGUGAAACCCUCCUGAACACACGGCCUCCUUCAUGAACCCUGUUUGUGUUCUUUCUUUUUCUUUUUUAUCUGUUUGCACUUUUUUUUUUCCUCAACAGAACGAAGUCCGUUUUACAGUUUAUUUCCCUGUUUUCCAUGCUCUACGGGUGAUUAGAUGCUUUUAUAUCCCAACAAGCUGGCGAUUAAUCUUUCCUACACUGAACGUGUUCAACAAAUGCCAACUGAUGAUAUGUGGCAGACUAAGAUGGCAUGGUGUCGUCUGAAUCCUGGAAUAGCUUCAUAUGAUGGUUCUGUGUCUGUAUAAAGGGUACCAGUUCAAGAAUAAAGAUGGAUCUUGAUCAUGUA